CAACAAAGAGACUAGUGUCCUUUUGGAGUUGAAACUUGUCAAACAAAUAAACUCAAAAGUCCUAAAGUGGAAUCAUCAACAUGUGCUAAACUGCUAACUGUUCGAGCUUAAUCUAUCAUCGUGGACCCUUCACCCUUUACUCGGCUAUUCACCAACGUUUUGCGCGUUAAACUCUGCACUUUCACAAAAUUAACUUAAGCUUAACAAACAAGGUGCAUUGCUUCCCGCAAAACCCUUAACUUAUUAUUUAUUGAUUUGUUCGUGCGUGCAAGUCAUUGAUUCAUAAAUCAACAACAACAUUUCUUCGUAACUCGCAACAUUUCUCAUUUUCUCUCUGGGGCUUGUUUUCUUCUUCGUUAAGCUUUCAAAGGUUAUUUAAUUUACAACAAUGGGGGGGCGUAUGAGUAAGAAGACCCCUGGAACUCCGUCUAAUAUCAACCUUAGUGCUGAUAUGGUAACUGAACUGAGGUCAUAUGAAGCUGCCUGCAAGCUUGACUCAGAUUUGCAGUCAUUUGACACUAACCUUCAAGCUCGAACGAAUCAGGUCAUCAAUACUCUUGCAGUUGGAGUUGAAGUUCGAUCCCUUUCGUUUGAUUCACUCAGACAAGUCACUGAAUGUCUUCUUGAGAUGAAUCAGGAAGUUGUCAAGGUGAUCUUAGACUGUAAGAAAGAUAUAUGGAAGAGUCAAGAACUGUUUGAGCUUGUCGAGGAGUAUUUUGAUAAUAGCUUGAAGACUCUAGAUUUCUGCAAUGCUUUAGACAAGUGCCUAAAGAGAGCUAGGGAUAGUCAAUUGCUUAUUCAUGUCGCUCUUCAAAAGUUUGAAGAAGAAUCUGUGUCGGGAGACAAUUGCUAUGCGAGGACGCUAGAGGAGCUGAAGAGUUUUAAGGCUUCCGGUGAUCCUUUCACGGAAGAAUUCUUCCAAAUAUAUCAAUCUGUUUAUAAUCAGCAAGUGCUCAUGCUUGAGAAGUUGCAACUCAGAAAAGGGAAGUUUGAUAAGAAACUGAAACAAAUGCGUACUUGGAAGAAGGUCUCACUUAUCAUAUUUGUUGCCACGGUUGCUGCUGUAUUGAUCUGUUCGGUUGUAGCAGCGGCUGUUGCUUCACCGCACGUUGCGGCUGCUCUAGCCGCUCUUACUGCUAUCCCAGUCGGUUCAAUGGGAAAGUGGAUAGAUUCCUUGAUGAAGAAUUAUGAAAAUGCAUUGAAAGGACAUAAAGAAGUUACUAUCGCAUUGGAAGUUGGAUCCUAUGUAGCUAUAAAGGAUUUAGAUAAUAUACGGAUUCUAGUGAAUCGACUUGAAGUUGAGAUCGAAUCCUUAAAGACGAAUGUGGAUUUUGCCAUUGAGGAAGAAGAAGCGGUAAAGGUUGCAAUAGAGGAAAUCAAGAAGAAGUUGGGAGUUUUUAUGAAGAAUGUCGAAGAUUUAGGAGCUCAAGCUGAUACAUGUAGCCGUGACAUUAUAAGGGCAAGGACGGUGGUUCUACAAAAAAUCAUUAAACUUCCCCACAAGUGAAGACAUUUUCCUGUAUUGUCAACCAGUAUUUGUUGUUGUGGAAUUAAUUUAUUCCUGCUUCUUGUGAAAUUAAUUGAUUUUCAGUUAUCAUGGAUCUAUGCAAACUUGGGUUAUUUUUUCCGUAAUAGUAAAACUUUUCAAUUGUUUUCAAGGCUUUAGAAUGCUUAUGUUUGUAACUAUAUUUUGUAAUGUAACAUCUAUUUGUGUUUUUA